GGAAAAUUGAAUAAAUAUGGAUUAAUAUUUUUAUGUUAUUUGUUGUUUUUGUCUGAGGAUCAGUUUUUUUGACAAAUCUUGAAAACUUUCUCAAAGAAAACGAUAAAAGUAGGAAUCAGUCAGACAAGGGUUAGUUUUUAAUGUCCACGACAUAUUUUGUCUUAAUUUUGCCAUAUCCUUUCAGAACAAAAUUGUUAAGUUUGUUUUGUAAGUUUUAUGAAAAUUUGUCAAACUAGGGGAACAGCCUAGUCAAUAUAUCAACACCAUUAUGAAAAUUGAAAUGGUGAAAGAAGAAUUACCUGAAAGUCUGUUGUUUGGUUAUGAAUUGUCAAGUGGAAGGGACUGCCUACAUCAUGGCAAUGGUUCUGCCACAGAAAAUACAAAAGGCAGUCUCCAGUGUAUCCAAACAUUCAAACAAGAAUCCAUUGGAGAGGAAAAUAUAGCUGCUGUUGAAACAGCUCGAAUAAAAACAGAGGAUAAGGAAUAUAUUUUAUGCGAAACUGUUGGAAGAUUUCGAGAAGAGGCAAUUGGAAAAGAGGAGGUGGAUUCUUUCAUAAAAACUGAAAUAGAUCCUGAAUCAUUGCAGUUUCUUGAACGACAAGAUGAAACCGAAGACACUCACACUACAGCAUCACCUGUACUUGACCGAGAGAAACUUCUUGUUGAAAAGGACGUGACCCAUUUAGCUGAGAACUCUCACGAGCUAACCGAUUCGAAAUGUUGUCUGGAAUUGUUCGAUAAGUGCACAACUCCCGGAAACCAAGAACACUUCUCAAAAUUAUCAACCCAGAAUAGCGAUUUCAUCUCUAAUCAAAAGUCACACACUGAAGAAAAGUCAUUUCUUUGUAAAUUUUGUACAAAAUCAUUCAGUAAGAUUAGUGCUUUGAAAAUUCACGAACGAGUUCAUACUGGUGAAAAACCAUUUCAGUGUGGAACUUGUUCAAAAGCUUUUAGCAUAAAUGUUAAUUUGAAACGUCAUGAACGAUCUCAUACAGGUGAAAAACCAUUUCAGUGUACAGUGUGCACAAGGUCAUUCAGUACACAGGGUAACCUAAAAGUUCAUGGAAGAAUUCAUACGGGUGAAAAACCAUUUCAGUGUAAAAUUUGUUCGAAAUCAUUUAUUGAAAACAGAAAUUUGAAAAUUCAUGAAAAGAUUCAUUCUGGAGGUGGCCCUUUCCAUUGUAACUUUUGUGAAAAAUCUUUCAGUCAAAAAGAAAAUUUGAAAAUUCAUGAGAGCACUCAUACUGGAGAAAGUCCUUUUCUUUGUAUGUUUUGUAAAAAAUCAUUCACUCAAAAGGGGCAUUUGAAAGUUCAUGAAAGGAUACAUACUGGGGACAAACACUUCUAUUGUAAAGUUUGCUCAAAAUCAUUUAUUCAGAGUGGUACAUUGAAACGUCAUGAAAAAAUCCAUACUGAGGAAAACCUGUUUCAAUGUAAAAUCUGCACGAAAACUUUCACUUUCGAAAGAUAUCUGAAAACUCAUUUGAUAACUCAUACCAAUGAAAAACGAUACAAUUGUAAAUUUUGCACAAAAUCUUUCGCUUCCAGUAGUUCAUUGAAAAGCCAUGAAAGAAGUCAUACUGGAGAAAGGCCAUUCAGUUGUAAAUUCUGUGCAAAGUCUUUCGUUCGCAAUGAAGACAUGAAAAUUCAUGAAAAACUUCAUACUGGGCAAAACCUAUUUCAGUGUGAAAUCUGCUCAAAGUCUUUCACUAAAAAAUGCUAUCUAAAAACGCAUAUAAUAUCCCAUACCAAUGAAAACCCCUUUUGUUGUGACCUUUGCAAAAAAUCUUUUUCUCGUAGUAGUUCUUUGAAACUUCACGAAAAAGUUCAUAUUGGGGACAAAUCUGACAGUAAAAUUUGAGUAGUGAAGGCGAUGACACCUCCUCUUAAGAAGACGCCAUCUAUAGGAUCGACAGAGAACUCAAUCCUGGAAUAUCAAAGAUACCCAAGGCAGUCAGUUGCAAAGUCAAAUUUCAAGACAUUGACCACCCAAUGUGAUUCAUCUUCUGUUUUCGACUGUAAAAUUUGACUUUUGCUAGUGUAUUAUUGAAAUUGGUAGAAAUCUGAAAUUAUGACAGUUACUGAAAAAACAGUUAUUUGUAAGGAAAAUUUCCUCCAAGCAAGAAUGUUUGAAUAUAAAGCACUGGAAAUUGAAUACAACAUUAUGGAUUACAAUAAUGAUAUCCUUUGCAAAGUACCAAACAUUAUAAAAAAUAAAAAUCUGACAGAAUAAAUCAAAAGAGAGAAUGAGGUCGAUGUUUGAUGUUUUUUAUGAAAAUAUCAAAACUGAAAAAGUAAAUGAACUCAACUUGUCAAGUGCGUGGAAAAAAUGUCUGGAUUUUUUAAAACCGACUACUAUCCUUCCUCAGUUCAAAUAAUUUCAAACCUAAUUGCAACUUUAAAUAAAAUGAAUUCCAUUAUA